AUGGCGCUCUGGAUGGGUCCCGGCCGCAUGGUAUUCGAUCGCGUAUGGGAAUUUCCAAUUCUUACGCUAGACCUGUGCGCGGCGCUGUCAGGCCUCGGCUGGGAUGGCUGGAAGUCGCUCGCGCUCCCGCAUGUCCUAACUAGCGCGCCCGCGCUCCUGCAGAGCCACGCACUGGAGACGGCGGAGCUGCUCGCGGCGCUUCAGCAGAAGAAGCGCCUCGCGAAUAUGGACAUCGUGUGGAAGCAGCGCGUGCAGGCGUUGUUCGACGACCGGAUCGUGCACUGGAAGCAUGCUGCGGACACGAAGAGCAUGCUGCUGCUGUGCGACGUGUUGGCGCCGUCUCCGUUGCUGGCGCCUUUCGCGAUGCUGUGCGUCAGGAUCGUGAACAUGAAGGAAGUGUAA